AUGUCCGAAUCCACGCCCACGUCGCCUGUGCAACCUGCGCCUAACCACGACUCAAUGGUGACCGUGUCGCUAUCCGACAUCCAAUCCAACUCGGAGCAUACCCAGCCGGACUGGCAAUCCCUCGAUAUACCUUCCACCCCGGUAGAAUCCACUCCGGAAUAUGUAUCGGACGCCAAACAAAAUCGGGUCGAGUCUCUCGGUCCUAUGCCACUUCAGGAUGCCGCAAAGACCACAUUUGUCCCUACCGAUGGCCCUCCGACCCCAACGAUAACGAACCAGAGUAUUGUGGAGGAGGAAGAGCCCGAAAAAGAUGUCGACUGGGAGCAUCUAGAUAAGACAGAGGAGCAGGAGCCACGUGGCGAGGGUUCAGAUGAUUCAACCGCCCUUCUAUUAGCUCGGCUCGAGCAAGAGAACAAUGCCCUAGCCACAGAUCCGAAGGCGGGGAUCAGUAGUCCUCAGGCUCGAAUCCAGUUGCACCAGCGACAAUCAAGGUCGCAGUCGUUACAUCAAAUUAAACGGCUGAUCAAGGAACCGACUCGGCAUGAGCUGCGUUACUCGCAACUGCAGCCACCGCCAAUGACCGAGUUGGAAUUCUGGGCUGCGCUCGUGGCAGACUACCCCCAGACAGCACAGCGCCUACCGACUUUGACCUCGAAUAAGAUCCAGGGAGGUGUGCCGCCGCCAUUGCGUGGCGUGGUCUGGCCGAGUUUAGCGGGCGCGCGUGAUCCCACAUUGGUCGAUGAGUUCCAAAGGCUCUCCGGGGAAAGCAGCCCAUAUGACGGAUUAAUUGGCAAGGACAUCGGUCGCAGCUUUCCUAAUGUGGAAAUGUUUCGUGACCCCAACGGCGAAGGUCAACAGAUGCUAGCCCGGGUGUUAAGAUGCUUCAGUCUGUACGAUGCAAAGAUCGGAUAUUGUCAAGGCUUAGGCUUCGUGGUCGGGCCUUUGCUAAUGCACAUGUCAGAUGCAGAAGCUUUCUGUGUGCUUGUUCGACUGAUGGACCAUUAUAACUUGCGGACCUGUUAUCUGCCGGAUCUGUCUGGCCUUCACUUACACGUCUACCAGUUUCAAAAUCUUCUUGCCCGACAUCGCCCAGCCCUGUUCGACCAUUUAGAGUCACUCAAUGUGGAACCAGUCUAUGUUUCGCAGUGGUUUCUGUCAUUCUUUGCAGUGACCUGCCCGCUGCCAAUGCUUCUCCGAAUUUAUGACGUGAUUUUCCUGGAGGGGGCCUGCGAGACCUUGAUGCGGGUCGCGCUCUCCCUGAUGCAGCGGAAUGAGAAGAGGAUUUUGGCCUGCACCGAAUUCGAGGAUGUGAUGCAGCUUCUGCUCUCAAGAAGCUUGUGGGAUACAUACGCCUUCAACGCGGAUGACCUAGUCAAUGACUUCGUUUCGUUGACAUCUCUUGUCACCAAAGAGAGCCUUCAAGCCCUUGAGGCCAAUUACAAUCACUCUCAGGGUGUCCCGACCGGUAUUUCCUUUCCACAGAUGCAAGCUGCUGCAUCUCGGUUUCUUGGACGCCUGUGGGCUGGUUCCAACUCUCAUAACUCAGUCAAAUCACUCAAUCCCAAUAACAGUCCUUCUCGUCCUAACAGCACCAUCCGCCGCUCCACUUCAAAACAAAGCAUGACAUCAACACUCAACUCGAUCGAAAGCUCCUCGGAUGCAAGCACUGCGCCCACCGAACUGUCCAGUACGGCUACUGUGGAUGGCAAGUCAAGGGUUAAAUCCAACAUGUCUGCCUACCAAAAAGACAGAGAUCUUUACACUCAGAUCGAAGAUCUUCUCAUGGCUCUGACCGACCUCCAGCGGCAGAACUCAGAUCUCUCUUUGGAAUUACAGCAGGAGCGGGAGGAACGUGAGGAAGACCAUUCUCUCGCUAAAGAAAUGCUUAGCCAUAUUCAAGAGCAACCUGAAGAGUCCCAGCCGACAGAACUCAUUUCGAAAGCGCAAGACCGAUUUGCUUCCAAUGAACAUAAGGAGGCCGCGAUUCCCCAGACCAAGCACCAGUUACACGAUGAUAUGAUUCGGUGGAAGGAAAUGUACGAGCUUGAAGCCGGCAGAUGUACUAAUCUGUCCCGGCGCAUGGACGAAUUCGAGAAAGAGAACACGUCGCUGAAGGAAGAGUUGCGCGAGGCCCGUGGUCGGAUUCAAGAGGGAUACCGGGAUAAACAACGCCUGGAGCGAUUGAACACGGAACUGCGUUCGAUCAAAAUCCCUCCGGGACCAAAGACACCCUCCGAGAUCAACUCUGCAGAUUCUGAUACCGCAUCUCCUCCGAGAACCUUCCCCUCAAGGACUCCCAAACGCACCAGCAGCCUCGGCCUUCAGAGUGUCCUUUCUACAGAAAACAAUAAGCCAGCGCCCGACGAAGCUUUGCUGCUGGAGCUGGUGGGGGCGAAGACCGCCGAAGCCGUAGCAAAACAAGAACUCGAGGAGGUCAAGGCCAAGUUGGAUUCACUGCGGAAAAUGUUCAGUGCAGCUACAGCUCAGCCUGCCUCCAAGGCCGAAAACCGAUCUUCAUUCCUUGGGCACUCACACUCAAGAGCGAGCAUCUCAAAAGCCCCGACCGAGCCCUUGAAGACACCUGCUGCUUCCCAUACUGGGGGUGGGGGCUUCUUCAGUGGCUGGGGUCGCCGAGCUCCCACUCCCAGCACCGAGCCCUCUGCAUGA